GACAUUAGAGACAUUCGGUGGCCGUUGUCUCGUACGCAUUUCUUCUCAACAAGGGGGAAAGCCAGGGAAAACUACCUGUCACCCCAACACCGUUUGUUCUCUAUUUGUAGUUUUGGACGGGUGAUUGCAGACUUGCUUUGUUUGCGAGCACUGACAAACUCUUUAACUGCAAGUGCGGCUGGCGUAUCGUGACAAGUAAGCUGACCGGUGUAUAUCCCUUAGACCUUUGGUCACGUCAAACAGCCUGCCUCAUAGUUACCCGCACAUCAAAAACAUCGGACACCAUGUCAAAACCAGUACGGUGGGACAAUCUCUUCACCUAUGACACGCUGGUUCACGCCAUCGCCGGUGCAGCAGGAAGCACCUUUGCUAUGACCGUGUUUUUUCCUUUGGACACCGUGAGGUCUCGUCUGCAGGUAGAGGAGCACCGCGAAUGCAAAAACACCGUCGCCCUUUUGGAAGAACUGAUUAAGGAAGAGGGUAUUUCUACUGUUUACAGAGGGCUUGGUCCCGUUCUGACUUCUCUUUGGUGCUCGAACUUCGUGUACUUCUACUCAUUUCACGGACUCCGUGCUGUGUUCACCCGCGACGCCUCACAACACAGCUCCUUGAGGGACCUUUUCUUAGGAUCUGUGGCCGGAAUCAUCAACGUACUCCUAACUACGCCUCUCUGGGUCGUAAAUACCCGCAUAAAGAUGCAGGGUGUCAAACUCACGGCAGCCGACCGCGAGAAACUGAGGCGACACCCGAAGUAUCAGGGAAUAUUUCAUGGUCUGGUGGAGAUUGCCAAGACAGAGGGACCUCAAGCCUUGUGGGCUAGCACGUUGCCGUCGAUGAUGCUGGUUUCAAACCCAGCCAUUCAGUUCAUGAUGUAUGAAGCUUUAAAGAGGAGAGCAGCUCGCUUGAAUGUAAACGUGAACUCCCUUCUAAUAUUCGCAUUCGGCGCAACUUCGAAAGUUGUUUCGAGCUGUAUAACGUACCCUCUACAGGUUGUUCAGUCCAAGCUUCGUUAUGGGGCAAGUGCAGAGUUCCAGACGAAGAGCUUGAUUGGAAUGUUCAUGCACAUACUGAGAAACCAAGGAGUACCCGGUCUUUAUAGAGGGUUAGAAGCAAAACUGUUUCAGACGGUGCUCACAGCAGCAUUGAUGCUUGUUGCAUACGAAAAGAUUGUGAAAUUUGUGUUUCAUAUUCUACGACGUUCAAAAGUGGCGUAACGUCACUUAGGGCUUUGCUGGGAUCUGGCUAUGCACACUGUGAUUUGUUACAUUACCGGUGUAUUUCUGUUAAACUAUAGUGUUGAGCUUCUAGGAUGUGUAUCUUUUGGAUAAAAUAAAAUUGAUUUUGGUCGAAGGUGGA